AUGAUUUGUGAAGGAGAAAGUGAAGACAGUUGGAAUUACUUCUUUGAUUGCCUGAGUACUUACUUGCAAGAUCAGAGGGUUAUCACUUUCAUGAGUGAUAGACAAAAGGGAUUGAAGAAAGCAGUGAAGUCCAUUUUUCCAGUCUUAAGACAGAGAUAUUGUGCAAGGCAUUUAUAUGCAAAUUUCAGAGCCAAAUUUCCAGGCCCGAAAUUGAGAAAACUCUUUUGGAUUGCUGUGAAUGCUUGUACAGAAGAAGACUUUCAAGAUGCAAUGAACUCAAUCAAAGCAGCUGAUUUUGGAGCACACAAGUGGUUGAUAGAAACUUGUAAAGAAGAUCCAAGUACUUGGUCAAAACAUGGAUUUGAUAGAAUUACAAAGGUUGAUCAUGUUACAAAUAACAUGACAGAAUCAUUCAACGCUUGGAUGGGGAAAAUGAGACAAAAACCAGUGAUAUCUAUGUUGGAAUGGUAUAGGACAAAGGUCAUGAAGAGGUUUUUUACUAGGCAACAAAAGGCACUGAGUUGGCAGACUAGGUUACCCCCUAAUGUGAAUGCAAAGGUUGAAAAAAAUCAAAGACAAGGAAGAAAAUUUUUGGCAAUUCCUGCUUCUGAGUACUUGUUUGAAGUCUAUGAUGACAAGAAAUAUAUUAUCAAUCUCAGAGAGAAGACUUGUCAAUGCAAUGAGUGGCAAGUGUGUGGAGUGCCAUGUAAACAUGCAAUGAGUUGCAUUUUGUACAUGAGAUAUGAUCCAGUAGACUAUGUCAGCCCUUAUUUGACUACAGAAGCUUAUUUGAGAACCUACAGUGGUAUGAUCAAUGCUAUUCCUGAUGAGUCUAAAUGGCCAACCAACACUCAAAUUCCUCCAUUGAAGCCUCCAGUUCACAAGAGAAAAAAUAGAGCAUUUAAACAAGGAAGAUUGCAAGUAAAUAGAAGAAGAGAACUUAAUGAGGCUCCUAAGGUACACAAAAGAUCAGUUCAUGUCACUUGCAAGGUUUGCAAAGAAGUUGGACAUAACAAGAGGACUUGUAGAAGGAAGGAUACAAAUAUUGUACCAAUACAAGUGUCAAGGCAGUCCACUACAGUACAGGAUCUUGGUUCUCAAAUUUCAAGUGUAGAUAAUGGCAGAGGCUCUCAAUCAAGGAUUUAA